AUGGCCCUGCUCUCGCCGGCCGCCGGCAAAAUGCGGAGCGGCGGGACGAAGCCACCAGUCCCGCUCUCGACCACAAAGUUCCCAGUGGGGCUCAGUAUCGGCGAUCAUGAUUGCUUACGAACGCCGACAAUGAGCGAUAUGCUAAAAACGCCGACAAUAUUGGGUAGCCCUACAAAGGGAGGUACCACCCCAAGGUUAUCCCUAUCAGCCAUUGCCCCUUCCGCAGGCCAAGCCUUUUUCGGCGACGAGCCUCUAUAUUCAGCCAACAUCGAAAUCUCAGCCAGUGCCUCAACUAGUCAUGCUAAUACAACAACAACUGCCACCUCCAGCACCCAGGGAAACGGAAUCAAAGACGAGAAAACGACAAUACAUUUUAAGGGUUCUAUAAGUACAAAUCUUCCCGUUAAUCUACCAACAAUUAAUCAAAAUUCUCCAGGUCUGCCGGCUUCGAUGUUUCAAUUCUCGCCGUUAGUCGAACACUUCCUACAAUCGUUGACGAAGGGGACAACCGGAUGCCUGCCCGAGCUGAUCGUGGAUUCGAAAACACCGACAAGUGGCGAGACACCGGAUUUGAUGAAGAGCAUGGCGAUGCCGAAGUACAUCUUCCCCUCACCGCCCGGCAUCGAGAUCCACGCUUCAAGCCCCGAGCCGCCUCCUCCCCUCCAGGACCCACCUAAACGGAAGGCUUCCCAAGGGACGGUCCAAAUCUCACAGCCAUCCCCAUCGCAAUCCAUCGAGUCGAAGCCGUCACCAAGGAUAGCGGAAGCUGAAAAACCAACACUUCCUGCAAAAUCUACAACCACAGCAGCGCUUCGGCAAAAGAUACAGGGAAACACAGCCCACGCAAAUCCACCAAUAACCGAGCGACCAGCCUCACCAAAUACGGCUCGAGCCCAAAUGGGAUGCUUCUUACCUAGCAGCAACGAACCACAACCUGACAAAUUUGAAUAUCAAGAACCAGAUAUGCUGAAUCUCUUCGAAGCGAAAACCGAACCAUAUGAUGAUUUCUAUCCUAAUUCUAUGUAUGGAGAUGGGAGUGACGGCGACUAUGCCGAAUAUGCUGAUUACACCGGGUCUGAUCUGGAGGGAGGACCAUUGAAGAAGCGAGCGUUUCCAAUGCGAUCUUCGAAAAUUCCGUUGCAUGAGAGGCCCUAUAAAUGUCCAAGGGAUGACUGCGACCGGAGGUUCAGUAGGAGUGACGAAUUGACGCGUCAUAUUAGGAUUCAUACUGGUCAGAAGCCAUUCCAGUGUCGAAUUUGUAUGCGAGCGUUUUCGAGGUCGGACCAUUUGACGACACAUGUCAGGACGCAUACUGGUGAAAAGCCAUUCUCUUGUGACGUCUGCGGCCGGAAAUUUGCUCGAUCCGACGAGCGGAAACGGCACGCCAAGGUGCACUCAAAAGGCAAAGGUCGCCGACCCAGCCUCAGCCCCACCGACCCCGGAAGCGCAUACGGUGCCGGUGGUCCACCAUCAGCUGGCAGCUCCACCUCUUCUUGC